UCCUUUCCAAUUGAAGUCAUCAGUGGAAGCUCCUCCGGCAUGGCCACGCUCCUCCGGACCAUCAUCGGCCUUCCUGGCCCGAGCGGAUUCGGUUCUGCUUCCACAGCCGAGCAAGUCACUGCCGGCGUCGAUGCCUCCCGCCACACCGUCAUCAUCACUGGUGGGAGCAGUGGUCUCGGAGCAGAGACAGCAAGAGUCAUGGCUCUCCGAGGAGCCCAUGUCAUCAUUGGAGCAAGGAACAUGGACGCUGCCAAAGCUGUGCAGAAGCAAAUUGUGCAGAACACUCCGGCUGCCAGAGUUGAUGUCUCACAGCUAGAACUCAGCUCGCUCAAUUCCGUUCGAUCGUUCGCCGAUCAAUUCCUUUCGCAAGAUCUACCACUCAACAUCUUAAUAAACAAUGCUGGUGUCAUGUACUGUCCUUUCCAACUCUCCGAGGACGGAAUUGAGAUGCAAUUCGCUACGAAUCAUCUAGGUCACUUCUUGCUGACAAAUCUUCUGCUGGAGAGAAUGAAAAGCACAGCAGAGACUACGGGAAUUGAGGGUCGAAUUAUGAAUCUAUCAUCGAUAGCUCACAUUGGUCCUUACCUAGAAGGAAUUAAGUUCGACAAACUCAACGACAAGAAUGCAUACAACGAUAUAUUUGCAUAUGGGCAAUCCAAAUUGGCAAACAUAUUGCACUCUAACGAACUCGCUAGGCGUUUAAAGGAGGAAGGUGCAAAUAUCACAGCAAACUCUAUCCAUCCUGGUCUGAUCCGAACAAACUUGAUGAGACACUCCGUCGCAUUCAUAACUAUGCUAAGAGCUUUUACCAGUGUCUUAUGGAAGAGUAUACCUCAGGGAGCAGCAACUUCAUGCUAUGUUGCACUACAUCCAAAUAUGAAGGGAGUGACUGGGAAGUAUUUUGCUGAUUGCAAUGAGGAGAAGCCAUCAAGCCUGGCCAGAGACGAAGCAUUAGCAAAAAAGCUUUGGGAUUUCAGUGAAAAGCUAGUUAGUUAAAUAAAACAGUCCCACCACUUGCUUCAUGAAAUUCUCUAUACUGUAUCAAUCUUACUAUUUGAUAUUGGAAUUUGUCGAGAUGGAUGCUUAGCUUCCUAACAAUGCCAGUAUCAUGUGGAUUUAAAGCUUCUAUGAAUAAUCUAUGAUAGCAGAAAUAGCUUUA